AUGGGAUUACUAAUAGAUUUGACAAAUACUGACAGAUUUUAUAAUAAAGCUGACGUCGAAACCCACGGUUGUCAUUACCUCAAACUUCAAUGUCGAGGUCAUGGAGAAACUCCCUCCAUAAAACAAACCAAGAUUUUUAUUGAAAUUUGCAAAAAUUUUAUUGCACAAAAUCCAUUGGAGAUUAUUGGAGUCCAUUGUACCCAUGGUUUCAAAAGAACUGGGUUUCUUUUGAUAAGCUACUCAGUUUUCAUCGAUCGAGAUAAUAGUGUAUUCCAAGUGUCUGGAUUAAAAUUUCCACACCCUCGAGAUCUUUCAAGAUCUCUGAAAGAUACUUUAUUGGAUGGCGAAAUGGUCAUUGAUAAAGUAAAUAGUACCGAAUAUCCCAGGUACUUGGCUUAUGAUGUAAUCAUGUAUGACGGGAACGAUGUAUCUGAAAAAUCAUUCUUCCCCGAUCGAUAUACCAUCAUCGAAAGAGAAAUAAUGGGAAGCCGUUAUCGAGCAUUAAAUGAAGGUAUAAUAUGCCGGGAACAAGAACCUUUUCCUGUCCGACUAAAGCAUUUUUGGGAUAUCACACAAGCCAACAGUUUGUUGAGUGCAAAAUUCGCCGAACAAUUGGGUCAUCAACUGGACGGAUUAAUCUUCCAGCCUUCGAAGGAGCCCUACAUCCCUGGAACUGCAGGAGAAGUAUUAAAAUGGAAGCCAAUAAAUUCUGUAGAUUUUAAAUUAAAAAUAGUCGUUGAAUCGGGUAUGGGUAUUCUAACCAGAAAAAUAGGUCAUUUAUAUAUUGGAGGAUUCAAAGAACCAUUUGAUCACAUGAAAAUUACUGAAGCAAUUGAAGAUUUACAUAAUAAAAUAAUUGAAUGUACAUUCGAAAAUGGACAUUGGGUGUUUAUGCGUGAAAGGACGGAUAAAUCUUUUCCCAAUUCUUUCACCACUGCUCAGUCUGUUUGCCAUAGUAUUAGAGCACCUAUUACUGCGGAAAAUUUAUGUAAUUAUAUUGAGAUAUAUAGAUUUAAAGAUGAUUCUGAUUGUUUGCCUCCACCAUGUAAACGACGUAGAUAA